UGAGGUUAAUUUCAAGGGACCUCGGGCUAAAUUCACAACGUGCCAUAACUCUAUGUCCAGUCGUCCAUUGACCAUGAAGCUGUUGACAGUCUGUCUCCUUGUCGUGCUGAUGGUGGUAGUAUACUGUUCAGCCAUCCCAAAGCCAGGUGAAAAACGUGUACAUGAAACUAAACUCAGUGACCUACCUCAUGAUGACGACAGUGAGCACAAUGAAGACUAUGAUCAUGAAGCAUUUCUUGGCAAGGAGGAGGCUCAUGAUUUUGAAGAUUUGUCUCCAGAGGAGAGCAAGGAACGUUUAGC